GGUGGAGCCCGCGGGGCGCACCACGCCCCAGUAAUGGUUGCCUCCGCUUGGGACUUUUGGCGCAGCAUUGGCAGCCCGCGGCACGUCUGCGCGCCGAUGGUCGACCAGUCCGAGGCCGCGUUCCGCGUCCUCACCCGCUCACUCGGCGUGCAACUCGCCUACACACCCAUGCUUCACGCGCGGCUGAUGGUGGAGGCGCCGGCCUACCGUGCGCACACCUUCGAUCCCGAGCCGGACGGGGUCGACCGGCCACUGGUGGCACAGCUCGCAGGGCACGACGCGUCGGUUCUCCUCGCCGCGGGCCGGCUCGUGCAGUCGCACGUCGACGCGGUGGACAUCAACUUUGGGUGCCCGCAGGGGAUCGCUCGGAAGGGGCGGUACGGAGCCUUCCUCCUCGACGAGCCCGAGCUGGCCGUCUCGCUCGUCCGCGCCCUCGCCGAGGGGCUCGACGUGCCGGUCACCGCAAAGGUGCGGCUGCUCCCGUCGGUGGACGCGAGCGUCGCUCUCUGCCGCCGGAUGCAAGAGGCUGGCGCCUCGGCUCUGUGCGUGCACGGGCGCACCAAGGAGCAAAACAAGCACCGCUCGGGCCCGGCGGACUGGGCCGCGAUUGCUCGCAUCGUCGAGGCGCUCGACAUCCCCGUCAUCGCAAACGGGGGCAUCGCGACCGCCGACGACGUUGCCGAGUGCCUCGCACGCACGGGCGCCGCGGCGGUGAUGUCGUCCGAGGCGCUGCUCGAGAACCCCGCCCUCUUCUGCGCCAACGUCGACCCCGAUUCGGGCGCCUACCUCGACCAGCCCGAGCUUGCGCGCCGCUACCUCCGCGUGUGCCGCCAGCUACCGCCGCCGACCCUCGGCCACGUCCGGUCGCACCUGUUCAAGCUGCUGCACGCCCCUCUGCGGCACCAGCCGCUGCUUCGUGAGGACCUCCUCGAGGCGACCUCGCUCGACGACGUCGAGCCCGUCGUCGAGCGGCUGGCGGCGUGCUCGCACCACCAGCCGGCCUUCCACACGCCGCGCUUUGACGCCGCCGCGUCGUGGUACUGGCGCCACCGCACCGCGGCGGUCUCGGCCGACGGCGAGCUGGGCGAGACGCGGGGGGCGGGCGGCGCGUCUUCGCCCGAGUCGCGUUCGCGGGCCGAGCUCGAGGCGGCGGCGCUGGAGCGGCGCGAUCGGCGGCGGAGGGAGAAGAAGCGGCGGCGGCGGCAGCGAGGGGCCGCGUCGGUGGCGGCGGCACCCGCGGUUGCCGUUCUCUGACACGUGCAUGUGUUUCACCUAUGUCGGUGCUCGGUGUGCGCCGCGCGGCUGUUGUACAUGUCUUGCGUUUCGGGUUUCGCGUGUCAGUGGUGUCGUCUAGCUCGGUGAUAACGCUAUACACAAGCCCACAUAUCCGUA